AAAAAGUCAAAAAAAUGAUGGGAAACAAUAAGAUAUGGAAAAACGAUUCUCGUGCUCCAAACACGCCAUAAGUCUCUGUAUAGUGAAAUAUCCCUUCUGCCCUACGCCGUCUUCUACCUUCCGCUUGAUCAUACUUCCCCUAUUUCAAUUUCGGUACUGCUUUAUAAAUUAUACUCCGUAUUAUAUCUAUAGAUAGUCCAUAUACACACACACACACAUAUAUUCACAUUUCAUAUAAUUUAUUCAUAUUCGUUUCGUGACGAAAAAGCUCUCGUUUUUGGGUGUGUGUGAGACAGUUUUGUAUCUCUAUCAGUGCUCUCUUAGCAGUUGAGAGUUUGCACAGAGAUGGACGGUGGCGGACAAUAUAAUCCUCGGACUGUAGAGGAGGUUUUUAAGGAUUACCGGGGCCGCCGUGCUGGAAUGAUCAAAGCCCUCACUACCGAUGUGGAGCAAUUUUAUCAUCAGUGUGACCCAGAGAAGGAAAACCUUUGCCUUUACGGAUUUCCUAGUGAGCAGUGGGAAGUUAAUUUGCCUGCUGAGGAGGUGCCUCCAGAGCUUCCAGAGCCAGCGUUAGGUAUUAACUUUGCGAGAGAUGGUAUGCAAGAAAAGGACUGGGUGGCACUUGUUGCUGUUCACAGUGACGCAUGGCUACUUUCUGUUGCUUUCUAUUUUGGUGCCAGAUUUGGUUUCGACAAAAAUGACAGGAAACGGCUCUUCAGUAUGAUAAAUGAUCUCCCGACACUGUUUGAAGUGGUAAGCGGAGCUGCCAAAAAGCAAGUCAAAGACAAAUCAUCAGUCACUAACAACAAUAGCGGCAGCAAAUCAAAGUCAAACUCUAAGGCUAAAUACACAAAGGUGCAACAACCAAAGGACGAGGAAGUUGAUGGAUUUGAAGAAGAAGAGGAAGAAGAUGGAGAGGAGGAUGAGCAUGGGGACACCUUGUGUGGGGCGUGUGGGGAGAACUAUGGCACAGAUGACUUUUGGAUUUUCUGCGACAUAUGCGAGAGGUGGUUUCACGGCAAGUGUGUGAAGAUCACUCCGGCCAGGGCUGAACACAUAAAGCAGUACAAAUGCCCUUCAUGCUGUAACAAGAGGGCACGACCUUGAUGGUGAUGGUGAUGAUGAUGAUCUCUGCUCCACGACACAUGCUGGGUGUUUUUAACUCAUUGUAUUUGUCUGGUGUUGCUGAGCUUCAUCUUUAUAUCUCCUUCAUCCAUCUCACAGCAUCAGCUAGGCAUGUGUAUGCGAGUUCUUUCUGGUCUUUACUCUUGGUUAUUUUCAGGAUAAUUUAUUUAAUAUGUAGUAGUUAAUUUGGAAGUUGGACAUAGUUACUUUUAGUCUUUGUAAGGACAGUUUGUUUCGGUGAUUGAUUAAUGACAUCUCAUAUUGCAAUCAAUAAUGCCUCUCUCGGUUUCAGUACAGUUGGCUCUGCAAUCAGCAUAGUGCAUCCCAUGUUAUAUCAAAAUUGAAAUUCUC